AUGCUUCUAAAAGUUAUCAAAUUGGAAAACUAAUAAAACAAUGAACCAAUAAUUGAAAAUCAAUAAAGCGAUUCUGUGAUUAAAAAAAUAGACAUAUAUUCUGAAAAUACGAAAGAAGAGAUUGACAACCUCAAUUAAAAUUACAUUUUACUUAAGGCGGCUUAAAAUUUUUUUAAAGAAAAAUAAGGAGAUGAGCAGAAGCCUGUCAAAGAUUCUAUCCGCAUUUUUAACAAUUUUAGAAUAAGAUCAAAUUCACCUUAAAAUUAAAACCAGAGCUAAAAUAAAGAUGGUGGAAUCAAUUUAGGGCAAUCUAUGAAUAAAUAUGAAGAUAAGAAAUCAGAAAAGAUUUAUAAAUAAUAACAAUCAUAAGCGAGUAAAGUUUUAGCUAAUUCUCAGGUCAAAAAAAUAGGUUCUAUAACAGAUAAUUCUACUUUAGCAUAAGUCUAGUAGAAUACAUCUUAAAAAUACACAGAAGAAGUGGAAUCUAAGAUAAUAGGUAAGAGUCAAUCUCCUACAUAAAAGCUUUAAUAAUAUAUGCUGAUGAGAGACUAGGCAGAGCUUAGAAUGACCAACAAAUAAAUGAAGUAAGCGAAUAACUUAGUCUCUUAGAAUGUUUAUAGAAAAAAUAAAUCUGAGUGGAUAUUAUAACAAUUAAGCAGAUUCUCACCGUAACAAGUGCUUAAUCUUGAAGAUCCUGUUAUCCUUGAGGCAAUUAAAAAUUUAGAUUUAAGGGUUGAAGAUAUGAAAAAUUGGAUAUAAGUUAGUGAUUUUUACAAUAUUUAAGAGUCUACUAAAAUGCAAAUGAGAAGAUACUUAACAGCUCUAAAUGAGUGGUUUUAUAAAAUAGAAUCUAUCAUUCAAGAGAGAGAUAGGAUUAUUUUUGAAUAAAAAAAGUAAAAAAAUAAGGCAUCGGCUUAAAAUAAAAUAGAGAAGUUCUAUUAGAAUUUCACUCAUUCAAAAUAUUAUCGCGAAUUCGAUAUAGAGAAAGGAGGAGGCUCCUCUCGAGGUAGAGUAAAAAAAAUAUAAUAAUCAGAUGCAAAUAAAUCAGAUUAUAUAAAUAGUAUUGUAAUGAACAGUGAUGGUAGUCAUUUUAUAGAAGACUUGAAAUUGUAAAGCAGCCAUCCCUAAUUUGACAAUAGCCAAAAUAUGGAUUCAUCUAAAAAACUUAAGAAUAGCGAUCCUAAUUUUAAAAAUAUAAAAUCACCAGGUUAAUCUUACUCACCUUAAAAAUAAGUACUUAAUAAUGAAUCAAAUAUAACAAAGUAGCUUAAAUAAUAAUAAGAAGCAAAUCAAACAUCUAGAAAUUCUUUAUUCACUCCAAAUAUUUUGAAUUAGUCAAAAGAUGCUUCUUAAAUUAAUAAAGAAAAUGGAGGAAAUUUAGAUGAAAAAAUAGUAGAAUUAGACGGUUCUAUGUAUGAGAAAAGUGAGAUUAUCUAAAGUAACAAAGAGCAAGUGAACUCUAAUUAAGUGAAGCCUUUAUUCAAUUAAAUAUAAAAAUCAAGAUAUAACAAAGAUGAUUUCCAAAAGAAAAUUAAAAAAAAGUUAAUCGUUGAAGAAAGGUUAACUAAUUUAAGAAUACACGAAGCAUUAAAAUAUGAAGAGGAGUAAUCGAAUUUGCAAGUGACAUUAAAGAAGAAGAAAAUUUUAUGUAAUUAAAGAAAACAAGAAGACCUAUAAAAUAAACUAUAAAAGAUCAAAGACAGAAAUAAUUAUAUUGAUGAGAAAAAAAACUAUCAUUAAUUGUAGAAAGAAGAAGACAUCAAUCGCAGAUUUUAAAUCAUCCAAAAAAUAUAAUAGGAAGAUGAGCAUUUUUUAAAUAUUAAACAAAAAAAAGAAGAAAUUAAGUAACUCAUGUCAUUUGAAAGAGACAAGUAGGCAUAAUUAAAGUAACAAAUAAUGAGAGAAUAAAGUGCCAUUAAUGCAGAUGAAGAGAUGAAAUAAAAGUUAGAAGAGAUUCAGCGAAUGGAUGAAAGCAUAGAUAUGAAAAAUUAAAAAAGAGAGAGCUUGAUGCAAGCAAUUUAAGAAAAAACAAAAACUCAAAACGAGUAAAAAGCAUAAGUGCUUUUGAAAUAAUAUGAAUACUAAAAGUAACUCCAAGAGUAGAUAGCAGGAGAAAUAGCCAGUAAAUAUAGUAAAAGCGCUAAAUUCUUAAAGCAACUUUAAAAAUAGAGAAGUCAAAAUAUUAACGAAAUAAAUAGAGAAUUUGAAAAAAAAUAAAAAGAAAUUGAAGAAAGGAUGCAAAAUAUAGAGACUUAAGAGAAUUAAGUAAAACAAGAAGCAAAAAAGCUACUUCAAACAAGGAUGUCAACUAGUGAAGCCUAAAGAAAAAGAAGGCUGGAAGAGUUAAAAUAGCAGAUAUCAAGAACAAAUUUAGAUAAAGCUAACAAAACCAUGCAGUCAUUUUAUCAAAUUUAAAAGGAAAAAAUAAGUAAAGGAGAUAAGUACCUUUAGGAAGAAUAUAACAAUAGAAACAACUACUAAGAUCACAUGAUUUAAAAAGAGUUGUAUCUAAAGAAGUGUGCUGCAAUAAGAAUCAACUCAUCGUUUCAGAGAGAAAAUAUUAUAUGUUCUCCUAAAAAAAUAAAUUACAUAGCAUAAUAAAUAAGAAGUAAUCAGUUUAAUAAUAUAGAUCAUUCUUUUUGA